GUGGGGAGCAGCAAGGGUCGAGGCUAGACAAGCUCCAGAGUGAGGAUCCCCCCUUCCAUCCAGGGAGGAAGGGGGUUAUCAGAAAGGGGAAAGAGCAAAGGCCCAGAGCAGCAAGGCCGGGCCAGACUCGGGGCCACUGUCUUCCCUCCCACCUCAACUAGGGCCAGGGGUGCUUGAGGACAAGAGGAGCAGGUGUGCCACCCACGCCAACCCAGCAAUCUCUCAGGGCAUCUAACCUCUGCUGUUGAUUUCUACCCAGGGGAUGUGAGCAUUUUUAGUUCCCAAGGAAUGUAAAUCAGCCCUGACGCUGGGGGGUUGCUGGUUUAAAACAAACACAGGCUGCCUAUAUAAGGACCAGACAGCCACAGGGCCCCACCUCUGCCAGAAGCCCAGGUAAGCUCCCUCCGCCUUUCCCGUGUGGGUCUGUUUAUGGGUUGAACUCAUCUAGACUGCUGGGCAUCCGCAGGCCCAUCUGAACAGGGGGAGAUCACAAGACCUGGGGCAGCCUGGCUGCUCAGAGCUGGACUUAGGAGCUGCCCCAGGCCCUGUCUCCUGGGACCUUGCCACUUCAGCUCCAUUAUCCUUCCUCGAGAAACUUGAUCCAAGGUCCUUGGGGCCUGGGACAAAGGACAUGGGCAUCCCACUGCCAAGUAUUCUGUCCCCAAAUAUUCCUUCUGCCUUCCACUGCUCCUACCGUGGGGAGGCAGGUGGUACAAGUGCUCUAGUCGGCAGUCACAGUCCCAGGUUGAAGGCUCCUGCCCUGUCUGCUAGACUCUGAGGCAUGGGGAGUGGGGUGUGCUGCCCAAACACUCCUCCACUCCAGGCCUGUCUGUUCCCUGCCAGCUGAGGCCAUGCCCUCCACGGGGACCAUUUGCAGCCUGCUGCUCCUCAGCGUGCUCCUCAUGGCAGACUUGGCCAUGGCGGGCUCCAGCUUCUUGAGCCCCGAACACCAGAAAGUACAGCAGAGAAAGGAGUCCAAGAAGCCAGCAGCCAAACUGAAGCCCCGGGCCCUGGAAGGCUGGCUCGGCCCAGAAGACAGUGGUGAGGUGGAAGGCACGGAGGACAAGCUGGAAAUCCGGUUCAACGCCCCCUGUGAUGUUGGGAUCAAGUUGUCAGGGGCUCAGUCUGACCAGCACGGCCAGCCCCUGGGGAAAUUUCUCCAGGACAUCCUCUGGGAAGAGGUCAAUGAGGCCCCGGCCGACAAGUGAUUGUCCCUGAGACCAGCCACCUCUGUUCUCCCAGCCUCCUAAGGGCUCACCUGGCUUCCAGGACGCUUCCACUAUCACACCCAGCUCUAAGGGAUGCUAGCCUGGGAGGUGAAUAAACAUUCAGACUGGA